CUCAAGGUAUGUGUGCAUACAGUAUAUAUACCUUCCUCUCUCUAUAAACGCAAAGUUCUGUUCAGCUCUUCGCCCGGCCGCAGCAUUUAGUUCUGUAAGUGGCAAAACUUCUUUCAAAGAUCAAAUGAGCUCAUCCAGACAUGCAUUUCUUGGUUCUUUAUCAUACAUAUGAUGAAAUUUAUGCAGGAAAAUGAGGAUUACACUGAAAGAUUCGACCACAGUUCUUCCAGCAAAUGAGACCCCGCGACAUUGCUUAUGGAUCUCAAAUUUGGAUUUUGUGGCGAUCAGGGCUCACACCCCAAGCGUCUACUUUUACAGACCUGACGGCAGCCACAACUUCUUUGACAUCAAAUUGAUGAAGGAGUCGCUGAGUAGAGCACUUGUUCCCUUCUAUCCGAUCGCCGGAAGACUCCGGCACGGUGAAGGCGGCCGCCCGGAGGUCGACUGCAAUGGCUGUGGUGCCCUCUUCGUGGAGGCAGUUGCAGAGGGCAAGUUAGAUGAUCUUGGAGAUUUUGCUCCCACCAUGGAGAUGAUUCAGCUAAUUCCUAAGGUUGACUACUCGGAUGUACAGUUCCUAUGAGAUGCUGUCCGG